AUGACAGUCUUAAACGUUGCCAUGAACAGUUUUACAAGUUAUGCCGCCAUCAUGUUAAACAUCGUUGCAAUUAUCGCGUUGAGAAAAACUCCAUCACUUCGGAAGCCUUUAAAAAUACUACUUCUAAGUAUCAGUGUCUCAGAUCUUUGUGUUGGUUUGCUAGUACAGCCAUUGUACGUGGCACUGCAUGUGAUUGAUAAGCGCAAUCCCAUUGUCGCACCACUGGUAAGAGUGCAUAUUAUUUCAGCCAAUUUUUUUUGUACUGCUACGCUGUUGGGUAUUUGUGCUGUAUCAGUUGACAGAUUCCUAACAAUUCAUCUUCAACUUCGAUACCAGGAAAUCGUUACUCACAGACGCGUUCAGGCUGUGGUUAUCUCAAUUUGGGUUUUCAGUGCAGUUCUUUCCCUC